AUGUGGCCCGUGGGGUCCGCUGCGGAGCGAUCUGCGCGACGACAAAGAGACGAAAUGUUGUUAGCAGGCAGAUCCCAUUACUGAGGACGCAUGUUGUAAUAUGGUCGAAACAAAAGCGUAAGAAGCGAUAGGCUUUGCCAAAGCAGCAAAAAAAAAAAAAAAAAAAAAUAGACAAAUAGAAAGAAAACCCAGCCUAUCAUCUAAUCUGUGUAUGCGCAGUAACUUUUAGAGGAUUUAUAGGCCACUCGAGUGGGAAAUGGAGAAGAAAAGGUGGGAUUGCACUGCUCUCCCCAAGGGCUGGAAAAUGGAAGAAGUGACCAGAAAGUCGGGUUUGUCCGCUGGAAAAAGCGAUGUCUAUUAUUUUAGUCCAUCUGGGAAGAAGUUUCGGAGCAAGCCUCAGCUGGCCCGUUACCUUGGUAACCAGAUGGACCUCAGCUCCUUCGAUUUCCGCACGGGGAAGAUGCUGAUGAGUAAGCUGAACAAGAACCGGCAGAGAAUGCGCUAUGACAACAACAACCAGAAUAAGGGCAAACCUGACCUGAACACAUCGCUCCCAGUCAGACAGACGGCCUCCAUCUUCAAGCAGCCUGUUACCAAGGUUACCAACCACCCAAACAACAAAGUGAAGACGGAUCCUCAGAAAGCUGUCGACCAGCCCAGACAGCUUUUUUGGGAGAAGAAACUCAGUGGUCUCAAUGCUUAUGACAUUGCAGAGGAGCUGGUCAAAACAAUGGAAUUACCCAAAGGCCUGCAAGGUGUUGGUCCAGGCUGCACAGACAAAACUCUCCUGUCGGCCAUUGCGAGCGCUCUGCACACCAGCGCCGCUCCCAUCACCGGCCAACUGUCUGCUGCUGUGGAGAAGAACCCGGGAGUCUGGCUCAACACUACACAGCCGCUGUGCAAGGCCUUCAUAGUCACCGAUGAGGACAUCAGGAAACAGGAGGAGCUGGUAUACAGUGUGAGGAAAAGGCUGGAGGAGGCACUGAUGGCGGACAUGUUGGCUCACGUCGAGGAGGCCGCCAGUGAGGGAGACGCUCUGAAAGACGAGGGCAACAGCAGUGAAGAUAUGGAGAGUGUAUAGCACAGGGAUUUGUUCAACGCCUGCACACGAACAACCCUGAACAGUAGGAGUCCCGCCCUGAUGAACUGUCCCUGUGUAUCUGCGUCCAACGUAAACCUUAACCCGACUUACAGUCCAGUAAAGAACUGUCUUCCCUUCGCUUGAACCCAAAACACUUGGAGCCUCAAAUGUGUCUCUUCAUCAUUACCUCCGCUGGAUGGGACUCCUCCACUUCAACAGCGUUUAAAUUAAAGCUCGGUUGAUUUUUUUUUUUCCGACUUGGAAAUUUAAAAAAAUUCCCACGAACUUUCGAAUAUUAAAAAUAAUUUAUCUACAGAGUGUCAAAAUUUAUGAUUGAGGAAAAGCGUGUUUUUUACUGAAAGGCUUUGAAAGGGUUUGUAUUUUUCGAGACAAUCGUCAAAUCCAAACAUUUUAUGUCAGCAAAAAGUUGAACUGGGUGCUUUUUUUUUUUUUUUUUUUGCGGAUUAUUUUUGGGGGGUGCAGAUUGGAAAUGAAUGUUUUGUAUUUUGGGCGUGUCUCUUUCUCGAAUUUUAUGAUGCACUACACGAGUUGUCUGACACAAAACACCAUAUUUUCUAACGGAAUCAGUUGAGAUGUAACUAAACCGAGUUGUGCUAAUUUAAUUAAGCAUUGGUGCCAACCUGCAGGCCGGCUGAAGAUGCAAAUGCAGAUGUGGUAGUUUGACUCAUUGGAGGGGACCGUCAAGUUUUUAUUGUUGUAAUUUCAAGGAAAUAUUGUACUUCAUGACCGCCGUGUCACCCUGUGAGUCGUGUUCAGUAUUGACCAAAGAGGAGACAUGUCUUUUUGAAGAGGGGUUGUGUGAUGUGCGUGUAUCUAAAGCCUGCUUGGUAUUUUUCCAUAAGCGAUUAUAUGGGCUCUGCUGUUGUGCAACUAAUCAUGAGGAAAGUUAAAAAGUAUACGUUGGUAGGGCUGGGCGAUGUGGAGAAAAAUUCAAAUGUCAAGAUAUUUUUAACGAAAUACCUCAAUGACAAUUGUAGGGUUGUAUUGUUUGACCCUUGGUGCUUUUACGAAAUAUUUAAAAAUGAGCUAUUUGAUAAAUUAUCAUCAGUAAUGUGUAUAUAAUGACUAAGUGGGUAAAGGCAAAUAAUAGAACAGCUUCAAAAGUCUGUUAAUUUCAGAAAAUUGCAUUAUUUUCCUGUAAUACAGCCUUUAAAAUCAUGAAAGGCAACACUUAAAUAAAAAUCUAAGAUGAUAUCAAGUCUUAUACCAUGAUAUCAUUAUACUUUCGAUAUAUUGCCCAGCCCUAUACGUCGGUGCUGAGCACAAUGGGGACAGAAAUGACUUGAGCCUCUUUCUAUUGUAAAAGUAUUGGGUUUAAACUCUUCUCAUCGUUUUAGGUGCUGACUGAUGUUGUGAAUCAUCGCUGUUUAAGCUUUUGUUUCGAGCACUAUUUCUUUGUAAUGUGUCAAUGUUACCACACACAAGCUGCCUCCUCUUAAACCCGCGCACAAAAUUGGUGACACUGCAAAUUUACAGUUUGAGGUAAUUUAUCAUGUGAGGAAUAAGGCUUUGUAUUUUUUUAUCCCUGUUUGUCAAGGUGUGAUGGUGAAUAAUGAACCCAGCUGAAAUCAUGAAAAUCCCGUCUAAAUCUCAGCAGGCUGAUUGCUGAAAAUGAAUUUGAUUGUAUUGCAUAUUAAAAUGAAUCGAUAUGUCAAA